GCUUGGAACAAAAAAAAAACAAUAAUAGUUCAUAAACAAGCUAAAUUUAUUUAGUAAUUGGUAAUGUAAAUGACAAUCAAGCGUGUAUAAUCUGCAAAAGGUGCUUUACACAAAAAGAACAUUGUUUCGGAAAUUCUGCAAUGUCGACCAAGAAUGUAAACAUGCAAGUAGAAGACAAUGAACCAGCCGCUACAAAACGCAAACCAAUUUGCAUGAUUGUGCUCGGAAUGGCUGGUUCCGGUAAAACAACAUUCGUUCGUAAGCUAGCUCAAUACAAAAAUGAAGAACACAACCCGUAUCUCGUCAAUUUAGACCCUGCUUGCCGAGAAGUACCAUUCCCCGUGAAUAUCGACAUACGAGAUACCAUUAACUACAAAGAGGUUAUGAAACAGUAUAAACUCGGACCUAACGGAGGAAUCGUGACCGCCCUUAAUUUGUUCUCCACAAAGUUUGGCAAAGUGAUUGAGUUGAUCGAGCGGACAGAAGAGAAACACAAGUACUGCGUUAUUGAUACGCCGGGACAGAUCGAGGUGUUUACCUGGUCCGCUUCGGGGACAAUUAUUACGGAAGCACUGGCAACAGCAUUUCCGACGGUUGUUGUUUACGUGAUGGACAUUGUACGAUCUACGAGUCCUACGACGUUUAUGUCAAAUAUGCUGUAUGCAUGCUCUAUUCUUUACAAGGCACGACUUCCUUUCAUAAUUGUGCUGAACAAAAUCGAUGUGCAGGAAUUUUCUUUUGCCAUCGAGUGGAUGCAAGAUUUUGAAUCGUUCCAAGAAGCUUUAGAAAAUGAGACAACGUAUGUUAGUAAUUUAACUCGGACAAUGUCCCUUACUCUGGAUGAGUUCUACCGAGACCUGAAGACAUGCGGGGUUUCGUCACAAACUGGCAUCGGGUUUGGGAAGUUUUUUCAACUUGUCGAGGAAGCUGCCAAAGAAUACGAGAGCGAUUACAAGGCCGAAUAUGACAAGUUACGAAUCGAGAAAAUGAUCGAACAGAAACGAAUGCAGGAGGAACAGCUAGCAAAAAUCUCUCAGCAGGGGAAAGGCCAGGAGGUAUCGCUUGUAAGUGAGCUAAGCAGUGGACGGGAACGGGCGGAGAUUUAUCUAAAACAUCCAGGCAAUGAAAGCUCGGAAGAUGAGGAAGGUCACGAAGAUGAUGCUCCAGUGUGCCCAGGUGACGAUGAAGCAGAGGAAGCAAAUUUCAGAGCAUUUGUCAAAAAACACAAAGAAAUAAAUCAGGAUACGUCGAGGAAACAAUCUGGAAAAUAAAGACCAAGCAAACAGUAUCAAA